ACCUUUCUAUCAAAGAACAAAACACACAAAAAACCUUGUCCGAAACUGCAACUCUCCCAAAGUCUCCUUCUGUCUUACAAUGUCUGAAUCAGGCUUAACGGUGCUUGACGGAACCCAUCUCCGAUCAUUCAAUCCCUCUUUGCCUGAACUUAACGGCUCCGUCAGUGGAGCUCAGCUCCUUGAAAUCGCCGACUCCAAAGCCUCCACCUCUCUCUUUGGCCUCUCAUUGCCUCAAAACCUUAAGGCUUCCGCUCUUUCUCGUGUCAUCGCGGGACCCGGUGAUCAUGCUGACGUCACUUUCCGGCAAACAGAGCUCGACAAAGAUAAAGCAUCCAAGUUUCUCUCUGAUUACAUCUCUGCCAUUGCUGAUGAGUUGAAAGAUGAUCCAUUAGUGGUGUCAAUACUGGAUGGGAAUACUUUGAAGAUGUUUCUGGAGGAUGAAGAUGAUUAUGCUAUGUUAGCAGAGAAUUUGUUUACUGAUAUGGACAUAGAAGAUAAAGGGAAGAUUUGCAAGAAUGAGCUGAGAAAUGCACUUGUUCAUAUGGGUGUUGAAAUGGGGAUCCCUCCUUUUUCAGAAUUUCCUCUGCUAAAUGACAUAUUAAAAAAGCAUGGGGCCGAGGGGGAAGAAGAACUGGGCCAAGCACAAUUUGCUGAAUUACUUCAGCCAAUUCUGCAGGAAACAGCUGAUGCAUUGUCUGAAAACCAUGUUGUUAUCAUACAUAAUGUCAAGGUUGUCAAUGGUUCUAAGCUAAGAAAGCUCUUGGCAGACGAGAAGCAAUUCGACAAUGUUGUAGAGAGAGUUUUGCAGGAAACAAAGAGCGGAAAAGACGGGCUGCAGAAGACAACAGAGCUAAUCAGGAGUUUCUUCGAGAAACAUGGAAAUGAUUUCGGCUUGCCACCAUCAGAAUCUAAUGACGCUGUGAUUCUUCUCUACGAUGCAGUCUUUUCUGAAGUAGAAAAUGAGGAGAGUGUUGUGAAAGCGGACAAUGAAUUCAGGGAAUACAUGGAAGACGUCCUCAAGAAGUUUGCAGAACAGCUUGAAGAUAAUCCCAUCUAUUGUGACCUUGAUGAUUAAGGGAGUGAUUUAACAAUGGAUCCGGUUCUUCGGGUGAUGGAGGCUGUUCAUAUUUAUCCGGCAUUUGCUCCUCCCCACAGGGAUUCUUAUGUUUAUAAUUAUAUGCUUAAAUAUAUUGUAUGUAUACCUGAUGAUGAGGUCUAUGUUGCAUCUUUGAUUCACAAACUAGUUUGACCUUUAUCAUAGCCAAAUCCACUCACGUCUAAAUCACAUUACAGCAGUAUAAAUAAUGAUUUCAUGGCUAUUUCGGAUUUA